GAGUAUUGCGUUCUCUCUCACCUUUAAUCUUCUUUCCAUCUCUCUCUCUGCACAUAGAGAAGCGAAAAAAUAAAUUAUAAAAAAAAAUUAACACAUUGUCUUUCCCUUAAUUUCUCGCGUUUUCCUCGAUUUCUCAGGGUAUCAACCAUCUCUUUCACAUUGAUCUUUCCUUUUAAGAAAAGAAAGAUCCAAUUUUUUCGGUUCGUUCUCUCCUCUGAGUUACGAAUCUAGAGCUAGAGAGACACUGUUUUCCUUUUUUUUCCCGAAUUUCAAACAGACAAAACUAGGGUUUGUUUGUUUUUCACAGAUUGUGAGGGGAAACAAGAAAACAAAAAAACAAAAAUUGGAUGAAAGGUAACCAGAAAGAUUCGUCGGAGAAACCCAUAUGGGAUCGGAGCUCAUCGAGUACUUCCAUACCCGGAAUGUUGUCGGUAACCCGACCCGGUCCAAAACUAAUGGUUUGGCUAAUCUGCUUCAUCGUUUUCACUUACAUUAUCUACAUGCUUAAGCUCGUCUCCACCUCACGCUCCUGCGACGAUUCCACUCCUCUCACCACCGUCUCCGCCGUCUCCACCAACGCCACCAAUGUCACCUCCUCCGUAGCUUCACGACGGCGCGAGUGGGAGGAGGUGGAUGACGAGGGAGACAAACCCGAUGACCCCACCGAUCUCAACCACGUGGUGUUCGGAAUCGCUGCCUCGUCCAAGCUAUGGAAACAGAGGAAAGAGUAUAUCAAGAUCUGGUACAAACCAAAACACAUGCGUGGCUACGUUUGGUUAGAUAAAGAGGUGAAGAAGAACAGCAGCAACAGCGACGAAGAAGACGACGACGAUCUUCUCCCGCCGGUGAAAAUCUCCGCCGGAACUGCGUCUUUCCCUUACACGAACAAGCAAGGGCAACGCUCGGCGUUACGGAUCUCGAGGAUCGUGUCUGAGACGCUGCGUUUGGGUCCUAAGAACGUGAGGUGGUUCGUGAUGGGUGAUGACGACACGGUGUUCGUUACGGACAAUCUCGUUAGAGUGUUGAGGAAGUACGACCACGAGCAGAUGUAUUACAUUGGGAGCUUGUCGGAAUCUCAUCUGCAGAACAUUUUUUUCUCGUACGGGAUGGCUUACGGUGGAGGAGGAUUCGCUAUAAGCUAUCCGUUGGCUAAAGCUUUGAGUAAGAUGCAGGAUCGGUGUAUACAGAGGUAUCCUGCAUUGUAUGGAUCAGACGAUCGCAUGCAAGCUUGUAUGGCCGAACUUGGAGUUCCACUCACUAAAGAACUUGGCUUUCACCAGUACGACGUUUACGGGAACCUCUUCGGCCUCCUCGCAGCACAUCCAGUAACACCGUUCGUCUCAAUGCACCACCUCGACGUGGUGGAACCGAUCUUCCCAAACACGACACGUGUACGCGCUCUCAAGAAGCUAGCCGUACCGAUGAAGCUCGACUCAGCCGGGCUUCUCCAGCAAUCUAUAUGCUACGACAAGCACAAGAGCUGGACGAUCUCGGUCUCUUGGGGCUAUGCUGUCCAAAUAUUCCGCGGAAUAUUCUCUCCCCGAGAAAUGGAAAUGCCUUCAAGAACUUUCUUGAAUUGGUACAAAAGGGCGGAUUAUACCGCCUACGCCUUCAAUACCAGGCCGGUUAGUCGUAACCCGUGCCAAAAACCGUUUGUGUUUUACAUGUCUACCACGAGAUUUGACACGCAGCUGAACACGACGGUUAGCGAAUACUCGAGGCACCGUGUUUCGCAUCCGUCUUGUCGGUGGAAAAUGACGAACCCGGCUGAGAUUAACACCAUCGUGGUUUACAAAAAACCGGACCCUCAUCUUUGGGAAAGGUCACCUAGGAGGAACUGUUGCAGAGUGUUACAAACAAAGAGGAAUAAUACGUUAUGGAUCAAUGUUGGUGUAUGUAGAGCAGGUGAAGUCACUGAAGUUAAGUGAAUUUUUGGUUUAUAUAGUUUUUUUUGUAAUAAUCUUAUUUUUGAAAGAGAUGAAAAAUUAGAGGUUUGUAGGCUUUUUUUUUACCCCUCGUAAUUUUUGGCACGAUUAUUAAAAAUUUAUUC